AGGUAGAUACAUAAAUAUUUUGAAUAUGCAUACAGUUUAAAAUCUGUGUACUUCCUAAUAUUUCGUCGUGUCUAUUUGUAACAUUUAUAAACAUACCUAGUUUGUAAUCUUGGCUGCGCAGUUUUUAUUAGUGUUGUAAUAUUUGUUUUUUAAAAUGAGUUAUCGUCCUGAAGAUCGGGAUAAAAAUAAUUGCCCAAGCCGCGGUCUCGGUUUAGCGGCUGCAGUGUUAGGCGUUGGAGUUGGGGCUGCUUUGUACUACUUCUGUAACAGGCGAUCACAGAACCCUCACAGUGAAGGAUCUACGAGCCAGUGGACAUGCGAGCAACCAAAUGCCUUACCAUUGCACGACUUCGAAUCAUCAUACAUCACCAUAUCCGAACACACCACCACUGACACCAGCAUGGACUCCACCGACGAAUCCGAUUCCGAGUAUACCAACCGAUCCGAGUCAGACGAGCGAACCGAUCUAUCGGACGAAACGGACAAUGAAUACGAUUCUGAAUCGUACGAAUCGAGUGGCGACGAUUGGAUUGCAUCUUUCGACAUCUCCAUCACGAGCUCCGAUAGUUCCGAAUCUGAAUGUUUUCAGCCUACCCUCUAUAUCAGUUUUGAAUCCGAUACUGAAAAUGAAUGGGAUACAAGCUCGUCUACGGACGCAGUUGAAUCUAUGGAUGAGGAAAACUCGGUAUCCGAUUUGCCAACCCCACCACGAGUUUUUGCGGGCAUCGUCGACUCGAACGAUUAUUAUGCAAUGCCUAACGUCAAUUAUGCCGACUUGGAGGCUAAUUAUGUUGCUCUACCCACAAUAAACAUCAACAUUGAUUCAGAGCUAAAUAACGAGUGGGAUGUUACCCACUCUGCUAUGGAUGUCCCCACAAAUAUGUCGGGUGUGGUAAAUGAACCAGGCUCGCCGUUGAUGUCUUUCUUUUCACAUCUUAGCGACAUUGUUGUUAAUAGAAUACCUAGGAGACCAACCGAGGAUGAACAAAUAAAAAGGCUUAGAGAGCAAGCGUUCCGUGAACGCUCCUGGUCCCUCGAAGAGUGCAGCAUCUGCUACGAGGUGAUGCUGCUAGAUCAACAGGUGAUGAGGUUGCCGUGUGCCCACAACUUCCACACGGCGUGCAUCGCGACCUGGCUCCAGGAGCAGAGGACGUGCCCCUACUGCAGGAAGCCGGCCGAGUGACCGCCUUGCUUAUAAAAACACCAUCUCCACAGACUCGCGAGCUGCCAAACGGAGGCUGGACCAAACCGCGGCUCUGUCAAAAUGGCGGGAUUUUAAAUCAACUUAAAUUAGAUUUUAAUUUACAAUAGCAUCUAAUUGAAGAGUUAUCAUUGAAUUAAAAUUAUCAAAGCGGCUAUUUGGAUUCUCUUUAUUGUGAUUUGUUUUAUUAGAACUUAACGUAAAUGUGAACAAAUGUAUAAUCGACUCGACCAUAGACAACGUUCAAUAGUGUAGUGUAUAAUAAUUGAUUAAUCGAUCGAUUAUACAUAUAUGUCACGGAUUUCAUUUAGAUAGUGUUUCUGUGAUAAUUUUAACAAAAUUUGUUUAAAAUAAAAUAAAAGCUUAGUUCUAAAUAUUUUUACCGCCCAGUUCGGAAUGUAAUUUUAGCUGAGAAGAUCGGGCAAGGAAUUUUUGUUAAAUUCUAUUAAAACAGACUAUACCUAUAAGAGUUACCUGUUAAAUAUGAAACUGAAUAAUUAAAUAAAAUUAAACUAUCCUAUGUCUCCAAGAAAUAGAAAUAAUUUUAAAAAUUACUUUCAAAUUGUCAUUUUAUCAUUCUACCGCUGGGUUCGGUACGUUCAUGAACCUCUUUAAGUCCGCUACUAUUUCAAUAAAAAAUUUGUAUAAAUUCUAUGCAACCAUCUUAUUGAAUUUGAAAAUUUUACAUAAUCUUUUAAAAUACAUAUCGAUAUUGGUAUUUCGAGUAGUACAGUAUAUUAUAAAGUUUUUUUUUUAUGAUAGUGGAUUGGUAACCUCGUCUGCGCUAACGGUAAACACUGGCGGGGCACCAGUGAGGGAUGAUAGGUAAGGGUGAAGCAGGUCAGUCAACCUAUUGCGAGUAACAAUAAAUCAAUCAUAAUAGUUUCCAGAGGAAAUCGCGUUGAGGUUUACCUGCUAGGGUAUAUUGCUAGCAAUGGGACUGUUAAUUCCCAUUACUACCAAACCCCUCUCCUCCCUUUUUAAAACAAUUAUACAACACUAUAAAUAUUCAUGUAUUUUAAUAUGUCGAUACUUCUAGAUAGUUUCGUUAAUAUAAGGGCAGUGUCGAUUCUUUAUAACAUAGUGUUUACUUUGUAAAUAUCACAGUUCGUAACUUCUAACACUAAGUUCUGCUUAAUUUGGGUUUAUAUGACCCUGUGUAAUAUGAAAUGUUUUCUGUAUGUAAUGGCCACUAUUUAAAAAAAAACUGAUUUAUUUUUAAUCAUAGACAAAACCAACACUUCAUUCAUUCAUUGCACAUUAUUCAACAUACACAAAAAAAAAAUUAAACAAAAAGGACCAAGCGCCACUUGUUGAUAUCAAUAAAAAAUAAAAAAAUUGACAUCAUUUAUCAAUCAAUAUGUAUUUUUAAAACGUUUAAAUUACUAAUUGAAUAUGUUGUUAAUUGAAAUACCAUAACCAAAUAUUUACUUUUGGAUCUCAGUCAAUUGUAUAAUCUGUGGUUGUGAUGACUAUGAUAUAUAUAUAUAUAUAUAUAUAUAUAUAUAUAUAUAUAUAUAUAUAUAUAUAUAUAUAUAAUAAAUUCUGUCUUUUAUUCUUUCAGAUACAUAUUCUUAUUAAAAACAACCUGUGCUCAAUAACAGUUUAACAUUUUUUUACGUUUAUUUUAAUAGUAAAUAUAGUCUGGUCUAGUCCUAUUAUAAAAAAUAAAAAAAUAUGCUACCAUAGUUUUUUACCAAAUUGUAAAUGACAGAUGAAAAAAAUGGCGACAAUUGAUUUGCCGCCUUUUUUCAUCUUUCAUCGUUCGUUAGUUUUAAGUUGGUAGGUAUAGAUACUUGUCUUUUCUGCUAUUUGGUUUUAAUAGAGAACAGAGAUAUUACGAACACUGUCUUGAACUAUAAGUAACAUGAUAGUCCUUUAUUCACGCCAUCUAUAUUUAAUGUUCUUGCAUUAAAUAACAUUCUAGUUUGUAUUCGAAAUGUUUAUCAAGCAAAUUAGAACAAAUCUUUACACCUAAGUGGCAUAGUACAUUAUCAAAUAUAAUAAAUUUUCUGAGCCAUGUUUCUUUGGGGAAAAUGUUUAGUUAGACACCAGUUUUAAGACCUUAAACGUUAACAAGGAGGACCCACCUAGGGUUGUGCCCACCUCAGAAUUGUCUGGUGUCCAUUCCAGGAUAAGGAGCUUUCAGUUUUAGAGAUAAAACAGGUCGGAGAGUGCAUAUAUACCUUUGUUAUCCUAAAAUAUACAUUAUGGUCAUAACACAAAAUGAUUUUGAUAGUGUAAUAUGCUCUUUAGAGUUCAAUUCAAAUGUGAUUAAUUUUAUAUUGUUAAACGAAAUAAUGGAAAUUUAUUAAAA